GUUCUAUCUACACCACCACAGCACUUUUUUUUGUUCAAGUAUAUGUGUCAACUGGCUUAAGCUGUUAUUGUUUUAAAAUAUGGAUAGCUAUCAUUUUUUGUAGUUAUUACCGUUUGGUGUAUUAUUUUUCCUGAAGGUCGCUAGCUAUAGAUAGGGACUCGGCAAAAACGAUAUGCAUAGUUUGAAGUCUUAUUCAAAGAAGGGAAAACGAAACUGCCAACUGUGAUUCACAAAUCACGCUCCUCUGCCGGGUCAGGUGUCUAAAGUCUUCCAGAUAAGAUGGUGAAGAGGAGGCAGAAAGGUCCUAGAGAGGACGAAGUGAUUGACCUGACUGGUCCAUCGUGCAGCCAUAUCCGUAAAGGUGUAGACCACAGCUUCCUGAAGAAGCCUGGGAUAGACUACACGCGUAACAGCUGCCAAGACUGUAAGGAUGAAGAGCCGGCUGCCGCUGUAGAGGAUCCAUCAGAGGAGAUGAGAGAAACACCGAUGAUAUGGAUGUGCUUAAAAUGCGGACACAGAGGAUGUGGGCGUACCUCUGAGGAUCAGCAUGCCAUCAAGCACUAUGAGAAGCCUCGGUCAGACCCUCACUGUCUGGUGCUCAGCCUGGACAACUGGAGCGUCUGGUGUUACAUCUGUGACGACGAUGUCCAGUACUCUAAAACAGGCCAUCUGGCUCAGCUGGUGAACAACGUUAAGAAACAGGCCUUGUCUGAGCCCCGGAACCAAAGUCCACAGAGAAAGCAUUCAACAGUGAAGCUGGAGGACAGCCUGAUAGAAGAGCCACAGGAAACCAAGCCAGAAGUAAAGGAAGAGAAGGAGAACGCAGUGACACAACCGAAAGAAAACCAGAAGAAGAACGCCAAGAAAGAGAAAGAAAGCGUUUUGAAAGAGAGCUGCAGUUUGACUAAAGGUCAGAAGGCAGGGGGAGGAGCCAGCAGCGGUGCAGUGUCAGUGAGAGGACUCAGUAACCUUGGAAACACCUGUUUCUUCAACUCUGUUGUUCAGACCCUCUCUCAGACACAGAUGUUGAGAGAGGUCAUCAACAAGGUGACAGCUGAAGAGAAGACCAGUGUCACCAUCACGCCUGGAGUCUCCUCAGACCUGGAACCCAUCCGGGUGCAGCUAGGUCCUCCGGGGUCUCUGACCAUGGCGAUGUGUCAGACUCUGAACGAAAUCCAGGAGACUAAGAAGGGGGUGGUCACCCCGAGAGAACUCUUCAGUCAGGUCUGCAAAAAAGCGGUGAGGUUUAAAGGGUUUCAGCAGCAGGAUAGCCAGGAGCUUCUCCGCUACCUGCUGGAUGGGAUGAGAGCUGAAGAGAUGAAAAGACUGAGCUCUGGAAUAUCGGAAGCACUGAAAAAACAUGGAAGAGAUGCUGAACAAUCUAAGACUUUAGUCAAGGAGUAUGAGAAGAAGGGAGCUCCUAGUAACUUUGUUGACCAGGUGUUUGGUGGGGAGAUGACCAGCACGGUCAUGUGUCAGCAAUGCAAGACGGUGUCUUUGGUCAAGGAGAUGUUUCUGGAUCUGUCUCUUCCUGUCUCAGACCAGGCCUACAGGAAGAAGAGUCAGAAGAACGGAACAGGGAACCAGAAGGCUAGCAGUAAGGUGAAAUAUAAUAACGGAGACAGCCCUAGCCCUGUCUCCAUGACCAACGGUGACAGUGAUGACCUUCCUACUGGCGUGGGCAGCAAGUACCAGCAGAAGAAGCAGAAGAAACAGGCCAAGAAACAGGCCAAGAACCAGAGACGUCAGCAGACGCUAGUCACCCUGGACAGCCUCACACCUUCGGAGAACACCGCGGAGAGCCCAUCCCCAGCAGAGGAAGGGGAGGAAGGGAAGGAUGCAGAGGGAGUGGAGGAGGAGUCUCUGGGUGAGAACCAAUCAUCAGAGGCCGAGAGGUCCGAGGCUGCUCCCUCAGAGCAGGACCAAGAGAAACCUCAGGGGGCUGGGCACAGAGAGAAAGAGGAGGAGGAGGAUUGUGAACCAGUGGCUAUAUGGUCUGUGUCCAACAACCACUCCACUGUGAUGUCAGAAGAGCAGAGUCCCCAGUCCACUGAGGGGGUCGUAAAAGGAGACGGACACGAGGCUGAACAGAGAGGAGAGGAGGAGGAGGAGGAUGAUGAUGGUGACGCAGCCAAACCGUCUGGAGAUGAAGAGGAGGAAGAGACCAAAGUGACAGACAAGCUGGGUGAACUAUCUCUGAACGAAGCUUUCCUAGCCUCUGAGGACACAGACCUGGAGCUUGGGGGUGGAGACGGAGACACGUCUGCUGAGACAGAAAUGGAGACUGAGCUGGAGGGGAAGGAGUACACAGUCUCUCACCUGGACCCUGAGCUGGCCUUUCACACGCUGGCCACCAGGGCGGCGCCAGAGAAACACGAGUGCUCUGUGGAGUCCUGUCUGUACCAGUUCACAGAGGUAGAGAACCUCACUCAGAACAACUCUCUUCUCUGUGUCACCUGCACCAAGAGACAGACCAAAAACAAGGCUGCAGAAGGCUCCAAGAAGAAUGUGUACACAGAUGGUCUGAAGCAGAUGCUGAUCUCGUCUUCCCCCCCGGUGCUCACCCUCCACCUGAAGAGAUUCCAGCAGAUUGGAUACAGUGUGUGUAAGGUGAACAGCCAUGUUAACUUCCCUCACAUUCUGGACAUAGCACCGUUCUGCUCUGUCGUAUGCAAGGGUGUGUCGGAGGGGGAAUCUCAGGUGCUGUACAGUCUCUAUGGUAUAGUAGAACACUGUGGGACUAUGAGAGGAGGCCAUUAUACAGCUUACGUCAGAGCCAGACGUCACUGCCCCUCCCCCACUACACACAACGGAGUGGGCACACAAGGCCAGCCAGAGCCGGUGAAAGGGGCGUGGUUCCAUGUGAGUGACAGCAGUGUGCAGCCAGUCACAGAGAGCAAAGUGCAGAGCUCCCAAGCCUACCUCCUAUUCUACGAGAGGAUCUCCUAGACCUGCCUACCUCCACAAAUUCUACCCAAUUACCUACACAGGCUGUGUUUACACAAGCAGCCCUGUUCUCAUCUUUUGACAAGAAUUGGGUCUUUUGACCAAUCAGAUCUUAUUCCAAUACUUGGGCAAAAGAUCAGAAUUGGCUGGCUGUUUUUAAACGCAGCCAUAGUGCACUACUUUUGGCCAGAGCCUUAUUAUACAGCCUUAUGAGGCUCUUCUGGCCAAACUUUAGUGCACUAUAAAUGCCCAUAUUCCCUACAUAGUGCACUACUUUUUGGCCUGAGACAUAGUGCUGGUAUUGUGGGACAACCAUGUAGCCAGGUGAAGUGCAGAGUGGAAUACGAGUGGAGUAUUUGUUUUUAUAAUCAGUAGAAAGGUUGCUGUGUCCCAAAUGACACCCUAUUCCCUACGUGGUGCACUACUUUUGACCAGAACCCAUAGUGCCCCUGGUCAUAAGUAGUGCACCACGUAGCCAAUGUGGUGCCACGCAACCAAAGAUAAUUUGUUAAUAUCAUGAUAAUUAUGCCACAACUGGGGAUGUCCCAAAAGGAAAAUGUUUUGCCUGAAGUGUUAAUGAAUUGUAUCAGCAAGGACAUAGAAAGGAAAAAUAAACAAAACGCAUUUUUACUGUA